AUGCAAGGCUGUUGUUCCGACCCUUCACUGAAACCGCCCGCCAAGGUCUCCAGUGCCCGCCCUGCUUCCCAACCCGCGGCCCAGUCUCCGUUUCCAGCUGAACCUCCCAGCCCUUCUGGGACUGCCCGGAGCGGCGUUGGGGAAUCCGAGGGAUUUGGGAAUAAGGCAGCCGUAGCUCCACAGGCCACCGGGAGCAGGCUUCGGGUAGCACGCUGCGCUCGGAGGCGCUCGGAAACGCUCGGAGGAGCCGAGGCCUUGGCCCCGCCCCGCCCGCUGCGAACCGCGGCGCCUCCUGGGAGUUGUAGUUCCAGCACAUCGCCUUCGCUUUUGUCGAGCCUGCCGCAGGGCGAGCUGGGACUGGGACUCCCAGAGGCCUCCGCGGCUUGGAGGCCGCGACCCCAGAAGGCGCGAGCUCCGAGCCUGGCGCUCAACCGUGCGCAACUGAGCCCAACGGUGCCGAAGGGCGCGCGCCGCCCGUUAAGCGGCUUUGCUGCUGCGGCGGCGGCGGCUGGGUUGCGGUCCCUCCCACACCCCCGGGACCAGGAGAGGACGCGAAGAAAGCGCUGGCGCUCUGCAGCUUGGGCCCUCCGCAGCUGCAGCCGCCCGACUUACGGGAAAAGUGGCGAGGGCGAGGGGGCUGCGGCCCGGGCCGCCCCUGGGGAGCCGGGUCGCGGGCUGCGGCCUCCGGCGCCGGGCUUCGGGAGUCUUAAAGCUGUCCACAGGGUUCGGAAGUGCAGCCAGAGUCAGCGACGGAGGUCGAGGAAGUCGUUUCCGACUGUGAAAUGGAAGCAGGCUUCUCGAGGAGGGAAAACACUGUUGACUGUGCCGGAGACCAAGCGUCAGCUUUGUUCAGUGUUCGUCCCACACGUGUGUUUGGCAUGGGCUCCUCACUCACUGGGGCAGUCCCUUGGCUACCAUAUUCACCCUGCAGAAAGAGUUGAAAGCGAUCCGCAGGGGACAACCAGGGAAGUGUGCCAAGCACUUGUCAAGAGCCUGCGCACACUGGGUCUCGCUCUUCCCCGCUUCCUGGGCAGCGGUCAGAACUGGAAGGCAUGUUGGACCCCACACAGUCCCGCCACGCUCCCCGCCCUCCCUGCGUUCGAGGGCCAGGGGUCAGGGGGGCAGAGCCAGAGCAGGAACGAGGGCGCAGCCCUCCCGGGCCAGCAGGACCUGACCACUCCAGACUCCUAACCACUCCAGACUCCUAACCCUGUCGAAGAAAAAGAACAAAAACAGAUAACAAGAAAGUUAUCUACUGCUGUGUAACAAAUUAACCCACAGUUUAGCAGCUUAAGACAUUGUUUCCACAGUGUCUGUGGGCCAGGAGACCAGGCCCAGCUCAGCUGGUGCCUAUGCUCGAGGUCUCUCCCGAGGCUGCCGUCGGGGGGCGGAGAGCGGGCGCUGCCCAGCUGGCCCGCAGGGGCUGUGGGCAGGAUUCAGUUCCUCACACGCUAUCGGACUGGGGGCCUCGUUCUUUUCUGCUUUUUGGCUGGAGGCCUCACUCAGUUAUAGGCCACAUGGGCCUUUCCAGAGGGCAGCCCACAACAUGGCGGGCGGCUCCCGUCAUGCAAGAUGGAAGGCCACCUCUUACGACCUACUUUAGAAGUGACACAGAAGUGACAUCCCGUCACGUUUGCUGUAUUCUUUUGGUGUGGGUUCAGCCCACAUUCUGGGCAGGGGAUUACACAGGGUGUACAUAGCAGGAACUGGGUGUCGAGGGCUAUGUUUGCUGCCCACCCACGACACAGCACGCGGCCUCCUGCGUCUGUGCUCUCACCCUUGUCCUUGGGCUCCGGGAGAGGGUCUCACCAGAGCGUGCAACACUGUUCAGUACAUUGUUACUCUGGUGUCUCACUGUUGAUUUAAAAGCUGAAACCUGCAUUGUUACCUCAUGAGAUGGAUGUAUCCAGAGAGUCCUGCAAAAACAAGGAUGCUUUUGUUCAGAAAGUCUUCCAUCCGCAUCCUCCACUCCUUAAACUUCCCCAGGGCAUCUCGUUAUUUUUAAUUCCCAUUUCCUGAGUGACAUAGAGCAUCUUUUCUUAAGCUUAUGACUUAUUAAUAUUUUCCUCAGAGCUGGAUGAGGCCCCUGAUCUAUUUAUACUUCCUGAGGUCCCUGGUGGUGUAGUCUUGGGAGUGGAGGGACAUCAGGGAAAUUCCAAAAGCCAAGUGCAGGGGAAGAGCUCCGCCCUAGCGCCCUUGCACGUAUCCACAUAGGCCACGCAGACAAGGCUUGGACCACAGCACAGUGUCUCGCCAUCCUCCCGGGCA